CGUCUCAAACUCCCAAAGCAAGAGGCCUUCGAUCAGGCUGACUAUCAUAAAACACGACCUAGGUUUCCGUCGUCUCUUGUCUCUCGUCUAGUCUUUUACCAAGGAGAAUUCUAUUAUAUUCGGACACGACGACGUUGAACAUCUUGAAACGACGACAAUGAGCUCCGAGGCAAGGCUCUACGCCUUCUCCCAGGAGACCAAAGACCACCUGCGCAAGUUCCGCCUGGGGACUUCCAGGUCCAACGACCCCCAGGCCGUUAUUUACCUGAUCGAUAAGACCACGCACGAGAUCCGGCAAGACGACGAUAAGACGGUGUACAAGACGCUCGAGGAGAUCGCAGACGACCUCCCGGACCACUCGCCGCGCUUCGUGCUGCUGAGCUACCCACUGACACUUCCGUCCGGCCGACUGUCGGUACCAUACGUCCUUCUCUACUACCUGCCCAUCACGUGCAACAAUGAGAUGCGGAUGCUGUACGCCGGCGCCAAGGAGCUGAUGCGGAACACGAGCGAGGUGGGCAGGGUUAUCGAUGUCGAGUCCGCGGACGAUCUGGAGGAGAUACCGAGCAAGUUGGGCGCCGAGUAGUUACGGACUUUCCUUUCCUCGCUAUGCGGUAGGUUGGAAGGUGGAAGGCAGUUUUGUUUUUCGCGCGGUCGUUACCGAGGGUUGGGGAUGGAUGGGGGUUGCCGCCGGAUGAGAUAUGACCUGGGCAUGGUAUCUAGUUUCACGUUUACCUAGGUUAUAUCUACAACUCAGCUUCACCGCUGAGUGUCCGUGAAAUCAUUACUCGUGAAUUAUAUUUACAAAUGGGGUAUAGAUCCCGAGAUAUCCCCCAAUGCGUCUAUUGCUCUGGCAGGACGUCUUUUGCGUCCAGGCC